UGUCCACAUGAGACUCGAGAAACCUACCGCAUUUGUCUAAGGAGUCCAAAAAUUCAUUAAUAAGGAGUUUAUUACGGGUUGUCAUUUCAUUGUUUCGAUAUACAAUGGUGGGGUUUGCUGGACGUCUCCGGAAACCCAGGCAAGCCAUUGCCCUCGAAAGUCCCCAUGAAGAAGGCCUGGUACCAUCGCCUACACCGACUACACCGGAGAGAUUCACACCACCUGUUCUAAGGAAUUUCUCCUACCCAACAACCGUCGGAAGCCCAGAACAACCCCCACAAUUCCCAUCCACGUAUUCACCAGGGCAGACAACGUGGGAUCAAUUAGGCGACAUUUGUAACUUCUCUCCUAUUAGUGUAUCUCGGGUGGGUCAGGCUAGGCCAGACGAUCCGUUUUUCUUCAAGUCCGAAGCGGAGCCAUAUAGUCUACUAGACGAUGAAGACGAAUCAUUCGGAAUUGGAAUAUCACCCGAACAUCUCGCCGAUUCUGAUUCAGCAUCACAGGACGGGCCCAAAGCAAGAAAGAAACAACGUCGAAGUACACUGUUAGGCCUACCUUCCUCUCAAGCCUAUAGUUCUUCACGACUCUAGAAGAGCACCGAGAAGAGCGAGCUAAAGGAGAAGGUACCAAAAUCGGCCACGAGUCAGUCCUUGGGAGAUCGAAUUUUCACGCAGAACACCAUCGCUUCCCUCCGUCUUAAGCGUAACUCAUUGGGUCAGCACAAGACAGUUACCUCAGUUGAUGCGUCUCAUGCCAUAGCCGC